AUGGCGCGCAGCAAGAGAAAGUCUAAGGUCACUUCCGCCGCUUCCGCCACCACGACAUCGGCCUCCGCAACCUCGCCCGCUUUGCCUGUGACCGAAAAUCUUGCUAACACCAGUGUUGAGACACUUACUAACAGUAUUCUCAAGUUAAAUGUGCCGUCCAUUGGAUCGCACCCGGCGACGCCGCACGAUAGCGCGGUCGAGAAAGACAAGAGUGACGGCGACGACUUCGCCAAAGACUAUGCCGCACGCGAAGAUCGUCUGAGCGACGAGGAACUGUACCUCGUCUGCAAAUAUCAAGCACUCCUGGUCCUCGCCUUGCACAAGGCAAAGCCAUUCGUCUACCUCAAUCAUCCCGAACUUAUGCGGGAGCUUGACGACUUCCAUAGCGGCCACCUGAACGAGGACGGGCUGGAGAUGCAACACGCGCCGCGCCGCGAUGAGGCCGGAGCCAACAUGUACCUGGAGAUGCGGGCGCAUGUCGGAGCAAAGCUGGCCGAGCGCAUUAUCGAUCGUGCGAGGGCGAAUUACCGCGACGAGCCUAAGAACAGGUUGACUGAUGGAAAGAAUCCCGAACAUGCCGCCUUCACACGUGUCAUCAUCUCCGCCAAACAGUUCAAGGACUGGUGUACUAUUGUCAAGAACCCUAAGUACAAAGGCGUCUUGGACUACCCCGAAAAGAGCGGGCCGGUACUAAAGCAUCUGCGCAAGGUGGUCGACGGACAGUACGACUACGAGAUGUGGCAGCGUGUCCCGCCCGAGCCAAAGUUCAACCAACUCCCCCGUCUCAUCGGCGAAGGCAUGACUGAAGAGUUCCAAUACGACUCCAAAUACCCCUACAAGAUCCUUAGCGUCAUCGACAUCACCAUACCCGGCACAAACGAGCGAUUCUUCCAAAUGGACAUCUUCAACGACAUAUUAUUAUUAUAUUAUUAUAUUUCCAUUAGAGUCCUGUAUCAGUCGGUGACUAUGUAGGACUUUGGCUAAGCCGUUCUAUGUAUGAUGGUCGUUGUGGAGUUUCUAUGGGUCUUGUACAAUUUGGGUGGUGUUUUGCGUACUCCAAUUUCAGAGCUAGUCUUCCAUUGGCGCGGGUGCUAAAGAGCAGUGUGGUGAAUAGAAAGAGAUGUAGCAGCGGGCUCUUUUAGAUAAGGAAAUAUUGUUUUUGUAGUUUUAUACAGUGUCUGUCUGUUCGGUGGUUUGCCCAAGGUGCCA